ACGAUCGUCAAUUAUUAUCUACCCGAUCGUGCAAGGGUAGUAGACGUAUCUAGGCGAUAUGAGAUAUUGCACCGUGAACCUCUUGCUUAGGGGGUUGAGUUGUGAGAUAGAAGCUUAAUUAGGUAUGCCGAGGGGCGUUUUGGAGAUUAUGAAGUGCGUCCCCAGCUGGUAUCAGCUGGCAAGAACACCAGGAUCUCAAGUACGGAACUCCGACUGACUUGCAGGUGCUGAUGAUGUAACAAACUGGACUCAAUGCAACCUCUCGCCAACCUAAUUAGACUACGACAGUCGCUACAAUGGCAGAAAUGGCCCGCCCCGUCGCGCCGCCGAACCUUCCAGCACUCGUCAAAGCAGCUUUUGAUAAAGCGCGAGUCAACGGCGACGUAACGUAUUACCCGACACAAGCCGCCGUCUUGACGGCCGGUUCUAUUGCUUUCCAGCUUCGCUAUGCGCCCUCUCUCGCCUUCAAGCCCAAAGCGCCAAAACCCAAAGAACCCAAUGGAAAACCGUUCAAUCCCUUCGAGAAUCCCACCCCAGCUAUGCUCGUUGCCGAGCUGCCACCAUCCCACAGACUAGUCCUGAACAAAUUCGCCAUCGUGCCGGAGCACUUCAUCCUCAUUACCAAGGAGUUCAAGCCGCAGACGCACGUUCUCGAGAAGGAGGAUAUAGACGCGACGUGGGCCUGCAUCCAGGCCUACGGUGAGGAUCUGUUCGCGUUCUUCAAUUCGGGGCCGCAUUCCGGAGCUAGCCAGCCGCAUCGGCAUCUGCAGCUGCUAUCUAUCAAACGUAUGCGAGACGGGCUAGAAGACGUAGAACAUGGCAGCCAAUGGAGCGUGCUGGCGGAGACGCUCGCCGGGCUUAGCAGAAAACAGCUACCUUUCAAUGUCUUUACGACGAGCAUGCGUCCAGAUAUGAGCGCCGAAGAGAGGCAUGGUGCGUACCUGGAACUGUACAGACACGCUGUGAAGGCCGUCUAUCCGGACGGAGAAGUGCGUAGCGAGGGCGAGGCCCAGAUCAGCUACAACUUCGCAAUGACGAGCAGUAUUAUGGCUUUGUGUCCGAGAACAGCGGAGGGUGUGAUGCUCAAGAAAAAGACCGGCGAAGAUAUUGGUCAAGUAUCGCUCAAUGGAACGGUUCUAGCUGGCACCGCGCUUGUCAAGAAUCAAGCUGAAUGGGAUGCUUUAAGAGAAGAUCCUAGCACGUUACUCGAUGUCCUUAAAGGAAUUGGCUUGCCUCCCUAGGAGAAGUUAACAAACAGUCAAAUACAGUCAUGGGAUUUGUGAAUAGUUACUAAAAAUCCGAUUAGAGGGUUGGCUCGCAGUUAUUGUAUUCUCCUUGCUACCUAAGAUAGCAAGGCCCUAUGUUGAUGUCCCGUCGUUUCCGGCCCCAUUUAUUGUGAUAACCAAGUAGUCAGCCUGAGCUCACUUCAUUCCCGUCUUGCCC